AUGGUGCAGAAAUUGAAGCAAAUGAGUGACGAGCGAUUUGCGUUGAUCUCAGUGCGACUUCCUUUAGCUAUAAGAAAUCGUUGCGGUGAUGAAGCAUUUUACUCUCAAAAAUCGUUGGAUGCAGCACAUGCAGCAAGCUGCGAGUACUUCCACUGCUGGUUACUCUAUGCGGUAAAGCGUUGUGCCAAUCCACAGCAACGAAAAGCAUGGCCUGGCAACAACGUCCAUAAAAGAAAGGCUGCUUGGUGCUUUUUUCUCUCCAGUGGACUAGUCCUCAUGCGCGAAGUGUCUCCUCUGUAA